AUGGCUCUUUGCGUGCUUUUAGAAAUUCAGAGGGGCGACCGUCCCAGCGAUGUGUGCGCGGGGCUGCUGGAUGGUUUGGCCGACUGGCUGAAGGCACCGCCAAUCCUGGUUAGGGGGCUUCAGCCCGUCGAGAUCGGCGAGUUGGCCUUCAAGCGCGAUCUUGGGCUUGCUCUGGGCACGGCCCCCGUUUUUCUGCAGCUGCGGGAUGCCCGACGCGACGAUGCCGAAGCAGCGGGACGGCUUGCCGUCGAUCAUGAUCUCCCGCCGGAAGAUUUCUGUUCCUGCCGUGCUCCUCUUCUUUCGAUGGCCGCGAACCGGCCUCGCGGUGAUUUCGAAGCGCUUUUGGCAUUGCGGGCAGAUGUAAACAAACCCGACAGUCGCGGUCAUACCCCGCUGGUUUAUGCGGUCUUUGCCUACUCGCGCGGUUGCACUACGCUGCUCCUGCGGGCAGGCGCUUCGGUCGCGCCGGACACGGGAUACUGCCCGCUCCUGUUGUCCGUGGCCAUGGGGCAGUGUCAAAUGGUGAAUCGGGCAGCCUUCGCGGGAUAUCUCCGUAUGGUCUGGCGUGUGAAUGGAAUGACGGAAGAGAUCAUGCGGGCUUUCCGAAUGCACGGGCACCAUACUGCGGGCCCGCACCCGCCGAUCCUGCCUGUUGCCCUCAGUGAAGCCGGAGCCGAACAUGCUUUGAUCCUAGAGCAGUUCCAUCGCAUGCCUUCGGUGGGGUUGUUGGUCGCCGAAGAACACAGUGAUCGGAUUGCCAUCACCUACGACUCUUCCGCGUCCUUGCCAACCUAUGCACUGGCCCUGCGGCGUGCCUUUUGUAGGCAAGACUACGACUUGGCUGCUAACAUCCUGGAGCGUCGACCCUUCCUGAUCGAGGAGGCGGAGUAUAUAGUAUGGGGUGACGACGGGCUUCCUCUUGUUUGGGCGGCUAAAAGACGGGAAGUCGGUGCUAUUUCUACGCUGCUACAGGCGCGGGCAUCUCCUAACAUGACGACGCCCGGCCACGCCGCCCCGCUUCUGCUCGCGGCUCGGCAUGGGGGAAUUGGAUCGGUCGCUCUACUUCUCCUGGCUCGAGCAGAUGUCAAUCACGUCGAUGCCGACGGCCUCUCCGCGCUGAGCAUAGGGGCGGCGCUCCGCUCCCCCCCUUUGGUCUCGCUCCUGUUGGAGUUCCGCGCUCAUCUGAGCACGCGGCCGGAGGUUCUUUUGCCGCUAUUGAACAGCACGUUCCAGCGCGAUGGCCUCGGCCACGACCAUUGUGAAACGUCGGUUCUGCUGCUGCGCGCAGCCGGCGGCGUUGGGCAUUCCGACGUGGUCCACAAGGUAAUUUCGGAACUCGUUCCGCGACUCCUGGCCGAGGGCAAUUGGUCCGCCAUCUUCGUGGUUCACUGCUGGGCGCACCUGCAGUUAGGACUCCAAUCGACGGUCGCCUCCGGCUGUUGCCCUGCUUCGGCUUCGGGGUCCUAG